AUGGGGAGGCGGAGGGGGUCCUGGCAAGAAGCGGGACUUUCGCAGGGGCCUGAAGUUGAACAGGAGGACGGCUGGGGAGUCUCGUGCGAUGGAGGAGGUGGUCCCGGGUCACAGGGGGGAUCCAGGGGUGGGGCACGGAAACCCCAGGCCUCACCUCGCAGACUCAGGCAGACCACAGCUCACACCGCCGCACAGGGGAAGGCAGGUGCUAACCUGCAGCUAAUCCGUGAGUGUCUGCUUUGCUUAACACCGAAUAUUGGCUUGUCAACAUUAUUUUUUGAAAAGGGGAUGAUCAUGAACGUCGGUGAAUUGGCCAAACGACCUCUUCAGGACUUAAAGUUGGCGUCGCAUCAGGUUCUGGAGCAAGCGCAGGAGAAGGGCAGGUUGAAAUGUGACAAAUGUGGAGGAUCCAGGAUGUUUUUCUGCUACACCUGCUGCUGCCUGGUCGGGGUCAGUCCUCAGAAUGUCCCCCUGCUCAAGCUUCCAGUGAAAAUCGACAUCAUCAAACAUCCAAAUGAGACGGAUGGUAAGAGCACCGCGAUCCACGCCAAGAUCCUGGCUCCUGAUGAUGUCACCAUUUACACCUACCCCUGUAUCCCAGAGUACGACCAGGACCAGGUGGUCCUGGUGUUCCCGGGUCCAAAGGCGGUCGCCGUGCACAACAUGAUCCAGAGUUUAAGGGAGCGUGCACAGGACCCCAGCGCUGAACCCAGGAGGAAGAGGCUCCGAGCCGCAAGCCUGUCUGACUGUCCCACACAUGGAGAGGGCGACCGGGGGGCAGGGCAGACCAAGGCCCUACCCCUGAGAAAGGUGGUCUUCAUCGACAGCACAUGGAACCAGACAAACAAGAUCAGCACCGACGAGAGGCUGCAAGGGUUAGUCAAGUUAAAGUAG